AUGGACGACACCUUCAUGGGCGCCUCCAUUCGCCGAUCCAGGGCAGAGUUCGUGGACGACGCCCGCGCGGGGGCCUCCGACGGCUUCCGCAGCACAGCCCGGCUGCCGUGCCCAGCUCCUUUGGAGAUGGACCGCCAGAACCAAGAUGCAUCCCGCGGCGACAGCUCCGUCCUGGAGCGCUGCCGCGAGGCCGCGCUCGCGGAGGUCGCCAGGGCCUCCUGGCCCGCGGUGCUGCAGACGGCCGUGCAGGAGCUGGAGAAGCCGAUGAGGCUGCUCGACGGGCUGGCGGGGUUGCCAGAAGACCUUGUGGAGCGGGCGCAGGUGUCGCACCACAUCCAGAAGGCGCUGCGCGUGGUCCCCGAGCCCCUCCGCAGCGAGUGGGCCCAGCACCGGCCGCCGCUGGGGCGCGCGGCGCCGCCCGCCGAGCGCCGCCGCGCCGCCUCCGCGCCCGGGGCGCCGCGGCGGCCCCAGAAGCGCGGCAGCAGCAGCGCUGAUGCGUCGGAGAAGGCGUCCAGGGCGGCCUUCUCGCUCCUCAAGCGCUGGGCGCGCGUCAUGCGCCCGAUCGCUGAGGAGGGCCGUGUGGGGAUUACCAUUGCAGAGCUGGUCCAUGGAGAGCAGCCCGUGGUGCUGCCGACCGGGAGCGUGGCCGCGGAGAUCCGACGCCUGGUGCCCGCGCCGGCGGAGCUGCGGGGCGGAGCGCGCUGGGAGGCGAUCGAGGACCUCAUGGCCAUCCUCGACCUGGAGGACAUGAUCGGGCCAGCGGCGGCGGCGCCGCCGCCGCCCCCCGCCGAGGCCGCCGCAGGCGGCGCGGCGCAGGACUGGCCCUCGGCGGUGGCGGCCCUCUGCCGGGGCGUCGACCGCGGCAGGGGCCCGCGCUGCCCGCGCCCCGCCUCCGCCGGGGCCGGCCCUGCAGGCGGCGGCGCGCUGCCAGGGCGAGCAGCGCAGCGUGCGCCGCCGCGGGGGCCAGCCAGCGCCGGCUCGCCGUGCAGGACACGGCGCCCUGGUUCGGCGGCACUGGGCGCGAUCGGCCAGGAGAAUCGGAAGACCUUCUUCGGCACGUACGCCAAGGCGCGGCCGCCGCCCCUCAAGCGCGGGCUUUCAGGAACGAGGACCUGGACGAGCACCCCGUCCUUUUCGUCCUGA